AUGGCAUCGUGUAUGGUUACAGCUUUAAUAACUGGUUUGGUUAUAAUUAUUAGUUUGUUAAUUAAUUCUUAUACGAAAAUUUUAAAAAUUAUUUUUAAAAAACCAAUUAAACGGAAAGGCGCUGUUGAAAUUGAUCCCGAAAAACAUAUUUAUGCUCAUCCAGAUUGUGCUGAUAAAUUAAAAGAUUUUAGUUCCAUUGGUGUACAAACAUUAUAUGAUGUUAUUUUACAUGGUUUACAGGCUGGUGGUAAUCGACCACAAUUUUCAUAUAGGAAAUCAUCAGAUGAAUCAUUUCAAUCUUAUACUUAUAAACAAGUAUUUCAAAUAAUGCAGGAAACUGGUAGUGGUAUAGCUAGUCUUGGUCUUACAAUAUCAAAUAAAACAUUUAUUGGUAUAUAUGGUUCAGCUUCAGUUAAUUAUGCAUUAGCUUUAUAUUCCUGUUGGCCAUUUUCAUUGGUACCCAUUGGUAUAUAUGAUUCACUUGGUCAAGAUGGUGUUCGAUAUAUAAUAAGACAUGCUGGAGUUGAAUUAAUAUUUGCUGAUGAUAUAACACGUGUACGUCAUCUAAUUGAAUGGAAAGAUGAUACAUUAGCAUUAAAACUAAUAAUUACAUUUAUUGAACCAACAUCAGAAUUAUUGAAAGCUGCCGAAGAAAAAAAUCUUAAACUUUUAACAUAUGACCAAUUACGAGAAAUUGGUCGAAAUAAUUUAAUUGACUUUGUACCACCAAAUGCCAAUGAUACUGCUUUAAUUAUGUAUACAAGUGGAAGUACAGGAGAACCAAAAGGUUGCAUAAUUACACAUGAAAAUUUUAUUACUGCAAUGUUUGGUUGUGCUACAGCUAUCGAUUUAGAUUCAUUAGCAAUCAAUGAAGUUCCUCGUGCAUUAAAUUUUUUACCAAUGGCACAUAUGUUUGGUUGUGGAACAGUUGUGGCAAUAACUUAUUUAGGUGGAGAAGUUGGAUUUUGGCAAGGUAAAGUUGAUAAAUUAUUAGAUGAUUUUCGUGAUUUUCGUCCAACAUUACUUUCAAUGGUGCCACGUUUACUCAAUAGAUUAUAUGAUAAAGUUCGAUCGGAAAUUCUUAAAAAAGGUUUACUUGGCCGAAUUUUAUUUCGUUUAGCCAUUUAUAGUAAAUUAGCAUUAAUAAAGCGUGGUGAUUUUUCACAAAAUACAAUAUGGGAUAAAAUUUUAUUUGACAAAGUUCGUCGACAAUUUGGUGGACAAGUUCGACGUGUUGUUUCAUCAAGUGCACCACUUUCAGCUGAAGUGUGUCAAUUUGCACGUGCAGCAUUUUCUUGUUUUCUUAUUGAAGCAUAUGGACAAACAGAAUGUGUUAUUGGUUGUUGGCAAACAUUACAUGAUAUGGAAUCAGGUGAAACAGGUAUUCCAACGAUAUUUAAUCAUAUUAAAUUAGUUGAUGUACCAGAAAAAGAUUAUUAUGCCAAAGAUGGUGUUGGAGAAAUAUGUAUAAAAAGUAAAGCUGUAUUUAGUGGUUAUUUAAAAGAUGAAGCUAAAACGCGUGAAGUUAUUGAUGAAGAUGGUUGGUUACAUACAGGUGAUGUUGGACGAUGGACACCAUAUAAAACAAUGAAAAUUAUUGAUCGGAAAAAGAAUAUGUAUAAGGUUUGUGAUUUUUUAAUACAAAUUUUGAUCAAUUUAUUAGGACUAUUUGUUUGA